AUGAGUGCAAUUGCAGACAGCACCGACCGUGUUGAGCAGGUCAAGGUGCUGUUUGCCCUCUUCCCUGACUACAACACGCUCGACGUUGCUGGCCCUCUCGAGGUCCUGAGCCGCUCCCUGCAGGACCCCAAGGACAAGUCCAGCAAGGCUUUUGACUGUCAGUUUGUUGGCACGGCUGCGGCCAUGACGUCGGUUCAGGGCCUCACCAUCAAGGCCGACAUGGACUACGAUGAUGCCAAUGCAGAGCUCGAGGACUUUGAUGUCCUCAUUGUUCCUGGAGGCGAGGGUGUCUUUGAGGUGCUCAAGAACAAGUCUGAGCCUCUGGGCCUUCUCACCAAAUACGUCGAGCUCCAGGAGAAGAAUCCUGACAAAGAACGCACAAUCCUCGCCAUCGAUAUCGGCGCCCUGCUCCUUGCCCAGCAAGGCAUGCUCGAGGGCCUCGCCGCUACUACCCAUCCAGACUACUACGUCCGCCUGGAGACCCUCUGUCAGGACGCUGCUAGACGAGACAUGUCUAUGCGUACGGACGUGAUGGAAGAACGCUACGUCGUCAACAACGCUCGCUUUGACUUGGGCGAGAACCCCGAUGAGAACCCGUACAUCAUCAAGAAGGCGCGCGACAUCCCGACCGCUCCUGAGGGCACCAACACGGCUCACGCCCGUCGAAAGUCGAUUGCUCGCAAGGGCAGCAACGCAUGGCGUGACUCUCGCCGCCGCGAAUCUAUCGCUAGGCGUGCUUCCAUGCCGCUGGGCGGUAUGCGUGUCAUCACCACUGGCGGCGUCACUGCUGGACUUGAUGCUAGCCUGUACUUGGUGGGUUCUUUGGCUUCGCACGAGUCAGCCCUGGAGGUGGCUCGUGUCAUGCAGUAUUCUUGGGUCAAGGGCGUUACGGUCGAUGCGAUUGAUGUUUGA